UACAGAGGAAACAAUGACUUCAACACAAAAGGAACAACAUGGAGUGAGAAGUCAGCGCUCUCAGGAGGCCGACAAACCUCACAGAAGAAAGGGAGAGAAAAUCUUCAGCUGUGAUGAGUGUGGGAAGAAUUUUACCCGGGCGGAAGGCCUAAAAGGUCACCAACUCAUCCACAGUGGAGUUAAACCUUACAGCUGUGACUUGUGUGGAAAGUCUUUUACCCAGGCUCAGAACUUAAAAACACACCAACUCAUCCACAGUGGAGUUAAACCUUACAGCUGUGACUUGUGUGGAAAGUCUUUUACGCAGGCUCAAACCUUAAAAACACACCAACUCAUCCACAGUGGAGUUAAACCUUACAGCUGUGACUUGUGUGGAAAGUCUUUUACGCAGGCUCAAAGCUUAAAAACACACCAACUCAUCCACAGUGGAGUUAAACCUUACAGCUGUGACUUGUGUGGAAAGUCUUUUACCCUGCCUCAAACCUUAAAAACACACCAACUCAUCCACAGUGGAGUUAAACCUUACAGCUGUGACUUGUGUGGAAAGUCUUUUACCCUGGCUGGACACUUAAAAACACACCAACUCAUCCACAGUGGAGUUAAACCUUACAGCUGUGACUUGUGUGGAAAGUCUUUUACCCUGCCUCAAACCUUAAAAACACACCAACUCAUCCACAGUGGAGUUAAACCUUACAGGUGUGACUUGUGUGGAAAGUCUUUUACCCAGGCUGGAGACUUAAAAACACACCAACUCAUCCACAGUGGAGUUAAAGCGUACAGCUGUGACUUGUGUGGAAAGUCUUUUGUCCAGGCUGGCGGCUUAAAAACUCACCAACUCAUCCACAGUGGAGUUAAACCUUACAGCUGUGACUUGUGUGGAAAGUCUUUUACCCAGGCUGGAGACUUAAAAAAACACCAACUCAUCCACAGUGGAUUUAAAGCGUACAGCUGUGACUUGUGUGGAAAGUCUUUUACGCAUACUGGAGGCUUAAAAACACACCAACUCAUCCACAGUGGAGUUAAACCGUACAGCUGUGACUUGUGUGGAAAGUCUUUUGCCUGUGCUGGAAACUUAAAAAAACACCAACUCAUCCACAGUGGAGUUAAACCGUACAGCUGUGACUUGUGUGGAAAGUCUUUUGCCUGGGCUGGAAACUUAAAAACACACCAACUCAUCCACAGUGGAGUUAAACGUUACAGCUGUGACUUGUGUGGAAAGUUUUUUUCCCUGGCUCACAGCUUAAAAAAUCACCAACUCAUCCACAGUGGAGUUAAACCUUACAGCUGUGAGUUGUGUGGAAAGUCUUUUUCCCAGGCUGGACACUUAAAAACACACCAAAUCAUCCACAGUGGAGUUAAACGUUACAGCUGUGACCUGUGUGGAAAGUUUUUUUCCCUGGCUCACAGCUUAAAAACACACCAACUCAUCCACAGUGGAGUUAAACCUUACAGCUGUGACUUGUGUGGAAAGUCUUUUACCCGGGCUGGAGACUUAAAAACACACCAACUCAUCCACAGUGGAUUUAAACCUUACAGCUGUGACUUGUGUGGAAAGUCUUUUACCCGGGCUGGAGGUUUAAAAAAACACCAACUCAUCCACAGUGGAGUUAAACCUUACAGCUGUGAGUUGUGUGGUAAAUCCUUUGCUCAAAGUAGCAACUUACAGAAGCAUCUAGUUACCCACUCAGGAAUUAAGGUGUACAGCUGUGCAAAAACAUUCACUUCAUUAUCUGCUCUGUGCAAACAUCAGCCUGAUCAUGCAGGACUGAAAUCACUGGAUCACAAUGAAUCUGAAGUUGAUGACACAUUGACCGUCACCAAGGAGUUUGUGGAGUUGGUACCGAUGACAGAUACAACGACCGCAGCUGAUAUUUUCACCACACUCAUCGGCGCGCUGGACAGGGUCAGAGUGGACUGGUCCCGUGCUGUCAGCCUGGCUGCAGGUGGUGCGCCCUCAAUGAUCGGGAAGAAAGCAGGCGUUGUGGUCAUCCAAACUGUUAAUUUCAUCCGAUCCAGAAGCCUCAAUCACCGUCAGUUUGACAGUCUUCUCAGAAAGACCACAUCUAUGGCCUGCCAUACCACACUGAGGUUCAAUCCUUCUGAAAUGGGAUUUGUGGUUGAGUACACUUCUGUGAUGAAGCCCCUUGCCAUGGCCGUUAACAUCCUCCAAGGGCAAUCAUCUGUGCACAUGGGCUUCUAG